AUGGAUUUCAAUGAAGAAUGGAAAAACCUACUCGAAAUAGCUAGCCAACUGGAUUGGGUACACUUGACAUUUUCAAAUAUCCCUGUCUUUAUUCUGAUCAUCUACUGUACUGGAGGAUUCGUUGCAUCGUAUCUUUUCAAGGGAACUCCAAUGCCUAGAGAUUCUACUGGGGAAGCGGCAAAAAUGACUCGCUUCAAUUUCGGUCUCUUGAUUAUCACCGCGUGGAUUUUGAUUGCUCGAAAUAGUGCUCUAGAGACAAAUUAUGAUGACCUGGCAUCCUGCUUUACCAAUCUUCUUAACUUCAAUUUAUUCUUCAUCUGUAUUGUCGAUCUUAUCUCUUUAUUUGUUCAGUCUUUCUUGGCGAUUCGUGUUGCAGUUGGAACAACAAAGAAAGAAAAAACCAUCUGGUGCUUUUUCCUGUCUGGAGCAUUGAUAACUGCUUUGGCUGUUACUUGUUUCACUUUUCAAGAAUUUCGGCAGACCUAUUAUGACGAACAAAUGGAUUUUCCUUUUCAAAAUUUGAUCUACGGAGCAUUCUCGCUGCUUGUGGUUUUUGGAGCAAUUGGAGCGCACUAUUUGGAAGUGUAUCUGAAGAAAUCAGCGGACACGCGAUAUUCAAAUGGAUCCAAGCAUUAUUAUAAAAUUUACAAACAAUUCAAAAUUAUGUAUGAUAUUUCGAAGUAUACUGGAAUUAAUGCGGCAUUCAAAUCAAUUGCAAUGCUAUCUAUGAUGUUUUUCAGUCAGAGUCAAAGAAUCUAUCAUGCUACUGUUCUCUUCUAUUUUACAUUUACCACCACUCUUUGUUUCUUUGCCCUCAAGGAAUCGAGAAUUCGACUGUUUGAACUAUUUGGUCUACAGGAGACUUAUUUCGGAAGAAUGUUUAUGGGAUUGAGAAAAUCGGGAACACUUGAAGAAGAGCCAACUGUUACACCAGAAGCUUUUAUGGAGAAUCUUGAGAGACAAUGGGAAGAAGAAUAUGAGAAAAAGAUGAGAGAACAAAACCAGACCGUGUUUCCUGCUCAGCAAAAAAUGACACUGCGUCAAAUAUUCAGAAGAGCUAAGACACUGUUCGAAACUCUAGCGGUGCUGAUGGAAAGAAAACGAGUCGGUCCUGUAACUCAUAGUUCUCUUUUCAUGGUAACUGGAAGCUCCAACCCAUCGCUUACCACAAUCUGUUAA